CCGGAAACGCUCUCAACGCUGCUGCGCAUGCGUGUACACAGAAGUUAUCCGUUCACGUAAAAUUAACUUCCACCAACAUGUCUUCGAAACUUCGCGAUAACGAGGAUAGUUUUGAAGGACCGUGCGCUCUCAAGGAGGAAUUAAACAAUAAGAUAAAGGAGCAGAAGGUUGUCGUGGAUGAGCUCUCCAAUCUGAAGAAAAACAGGAAAGUCUACAUCCAGCAGAGGAACAGUAACUUAUACUUCCGAGCAGACAGAGAGGAACUCGAUAACAUGAAAAAGGACCUGCAGGAUAUGUGAGACGGACCUUCACCGCGACAAUGUGCGGCAUCUUUUGUCUGUUGAGUCUGUCGGCCGCUCGGUGUGCGUGGAGCGAAGCGGUUCAUGAGCGUUUGAAGAGAAGGGGGCCCGACUCGAGCCAGGACGUCACAGUCGGAGGCACAGAUGCCCACAUUCUCCACAUGAAGGGUCUUCUUACCCCUCAGCCGGUUCAAGACCACACUGGGAAUGUUCUGGUGUGGAACGGGGAGAUUUUCGGAGGUCUCCCGGUGAUGCCAGAGGAAAAUGACACGGCCGUUGUCUCUCAGCGUCUAUCAUCCUGUGACGGCCCUUCGGAGAUUCUGUCCGUCCUGUCCACUUUAUGUGGGCCGUGGGCAUUUGUUUACCACCAGAAGGCUGGAGACUACCUCUGGUUCGGCAGAGACUUCCUUGGAAGGCGGAGUUUGCUGUGGACAUUUGAUGCAGAGGUCAACGCCUUGACCCUGACUUCUGUGGCGGCCCGUGAAUCUGGACCUACGCAGUCUUCUUGGCAGGAAGUCCCGGCGGUUGGUGUGUACAGGGUCGACCUGAAGGCGGUAGCAGAAGCUGGCUGCGUGACGUUUGAGGUUUAUCCCUGGGCUCACGGGGGACGCGAUCUUGUCUCGAGGAACAGUCCGGCUGUUUUGGAGUCGGUCCCCAGCGGCUGCACCGCCGUCAUGAACCGGUCCGGCCUCGUACUCACCUCGCCCGUGUGCCCUCUCAAUAUGAAAAAAAAAAAAAUGCGCCAGGAGCGCGUUUGCCAUUUGGUGCAUCCGCUGGAGACGGUGCUCGAUGACAGCAUUGGCUGCGCCGUGUGGUUCGCAGCAAGAGGGAUCGGGUACGUCACGGGGCACGGUGACCCGAGGCCCUUCACGUCGUCGGCAAAGGUGGUUUUGACAGGAAUCGGGGCGGACGAGCAGCUGGCCGGUUACUCCAGACACAGAGUCCGAUUUACAGCGUCGGGACACGAGGGGCUGAUCCAGGAACUGGAAAUGGAGCUGGGCAGGAUCCCGUCCAGGAAUUUGGGCAGAGAUGACCGAGUGAUCGGGGACCAUGGGAAAGAGGCUAGAUUUCCCUACUUGGACGAGGACCUGGUGAGCCACUUGAAUUCUUUGCCCGUGUGGGAGAAGGCGGACCUGUCGCUUCCUCGCGGCGUCGGGGAGAAGCUCCUCCUGAGGCUCACGGCGAAGCGGCUGGGCCUCGGCCAGUCGGCCGUCCUGCCCAAGAGAGCCAUGCAGUUCGGAUCCCGCAUCGCAAAGAUGGAGGCCCGCCAUGAAAAGGCCUCUGACAGAUGCACAAGACUGCUCACCGAGUAGACAAAUCAUUGGUUUUAAUGCAAAUAAUGUAUAUAAAAAAAUAAACAUAUUAAUGGAAAAUGUUCAUUAGAAAAUCCCUUGCAGUACAAUUCAUAUUUAAAGGCUUAUUUACAGUUACAAUUCUUGAAAUUGGCCAUUUGAUUAGUUAUCGUUGCAUAAAUAUGGUGUUUUUGUCCAGUUCCCAGUUCCUACACCAUGUAAGAGCCAGCGUCUUGAAGUUUCUCUCUGAAGUAGAGGUCACAUUCAAUAUAGGAAGGCAAGUUUCCAACGUCGAAACGCCCAGAAAUCUGAUGAAUGUAUACUGGCUCUCUGAAAGUAAAAAAACUAAACAAUAAAGUAUAAUUUAUUGAGAAAUA